GCCUGGGACCUGUCCUAACGUCCCGUCCAUAUUUGGAGGUCUAUGUCUCGCGAUGUGCAACUCAGACUCCGAUUGCAUGGGGGACCAGAAGUGUUGUGUGGUUGGUUGUGCGCGAGUCUGCAUCAGUCCAGAAGUAAAAGGAAAGACCUGUGCCUACAAGGGCAAAGUGUACAAAGAUGGAGCCAGUUUCAAGGACGAUUGUAGUGCUUGCCGUUGUAUUGGAGGUUACGUCGAAUGUACAGAAGUCGGUUGCCAAGAAGAGAAACCUGGUCAAUGCCCUGCGUCAGACCCAGACGCUAUCACCAUCUGUCUAGUAGAAUGUCAAGGUGAUAAUACCUGCCCAGGAAACCAGAAGUGCUGUAGCAACGGAUGUCGUGUUUCAUGCACUGAUCCAGUUGCAAAAGAAAAACCAGGCGAGUGCCCAGCUCUGCAACCGGACACUUCUGGGAUUUGCGUUCUUGCGUGUAAUUCAGACUUUUCCUGUCCUGGGGACGAAAAAUGCUGCUCCAACGGUUGUGGAUUCGUGUGCAGAAGUCCCAAGAUUAAAGAAGGGAAUCCUGGUCGAUGCCCUCCAUCAGACCCAAACGCUAUCACGAUUUGUCUAGUAGAGUGUGGAGAUGACAAUGGUUGUCCAGGAAACCAAUUAUGCUGUACCAACGGAUGUCGUGCUUCGUGCACCAAUCCUGUUGGGAUAGGGCAGCCGUGUGUAGCAAAUGGCAAAAUAUACCAAGAUGGUGAAACGUUCAAUAUCGAUUGCAAUGGCUGUUCAUGUCAGAAUGGUUCAGCAGUUUGCACUCUUAAAUUAUGUGAUGAAAAGUCAUGCAAUUAUAAAGGAAAAGUGUACAAAGAAGGAGAAAGCUUCAAAGAUGACUGUAAUACAUGUAAAUGUUCGAAUGGAAAUGCUGCAUGCACACGCAUGGCAUGUCCACUUCCUGACAAAUGUGCAAAUGCAGCGUGUCUUGCAAUCUUCUGCGAGGGUCAGUAUAAACCACCAGGGGAAUGCUGCUUCGUAUGCCCUUGCUUCUAUAAGGGGAAAAAGUAUAAAGAGGGCGAAAGCUUCAUGGAAGAUUGUAACAGCUGCACAUGCGGUUUUAAUGGAGAAGUUACCUGUACAAAGAAAGCCUGUGGUGGCUCUGAAAAAUCUUGCAAUUAUAAAGGAAAAGUGUACAAAGAAGGAGAAAGCUUCAAAGAUGACUGUAAUACAUGUACAUGUUCGAAUGGUAACGCUGCCUGCACACGCAUGGCAUGUCCACUUCCUGACAAAUGUGCUAGCGUUUCGUGUCUUGCAAUUGUCUGCGAAGGUCAGUAUAGACCACCAGGGGAAUGCUGCUUCGUAUGUCCUUGCUUCUAUAAGGGGAAACAAUACAAAGAGGGUGAAAGCUUCAUGGAAGAUUGUAACAGCUGCACAUGCGGUUUUAAUGGAGAAGUUACCUGUACAAAGAAAGCCUGUGGUGGCUCUGGCGGAAAACCUUGUAUCUCUAAUGGCAAAACAUAUCAAGAUGGGGAGAGCUUCAAAAUUGAUUGCAAUACGUGCACAUGCAGAAAUGGAAUACCACUAUGUACUCUAAUUGCCUGUCAAGAUAAGCCAGGAACAUGCCCCAAAUUUCCACCCGGAAACCUGUUGCCAUGCGUAACAUCGUGCGAUUCAGACUUUGAUUGCCCUGGGCAAGAGAAAUGUUGCUCAACCGGAUGUGGCCGCAGCUGUUAUAUUCCAGACGGUAGCUUCACUGGUUGUGUAGUUAACGGCAAAAAGUACAAAGAAGGAGAAGAACUACCAACCGACUCUAAAGAUCCCUGUAAGCGAUGCACGUGUACAGGCGGAAAAGUGAAAUGUGACUCGAUCGUAUGUCCAGCCUGCGCAGGUUACAGGCCGCCAGGUGCAUGCUGUAAUAUUUGUGGCGCUAAACCACCUUACUAAUUAUUUAUACGGAUAAAAAUCCAUCUCCCGAAAACCGAGUCCUCAUCUUGCAAUAUGCCCGACUGUCCUAUAACAAACGAUUUACCCAACAAAGACUGAAUGGCAUUCUAUUGUAUGAAAACCAACAUUUAAUAAUUUCGUGUGUGCAAAUAAAAUACCAUAUUUUAAUUGGAUGACUUAACUGUAUUUCCUGGCGAUUUAUGUAGAAAUGUAUUCAUUUUUCUGUUUAAUUGAAGGUAUUUAACUUUUGAAGGUAUAAAACAAUAU